AUGGCUAAUGCCGACGAAUUGUGUCAGUAUGCACGAUUAGGUCAAAUAUCUAAAAUUCAAAAGUGUCUACAAGUGCAUAAUGUUGAUAUUAAUGCGUUGAAUCUCUAUGGCGAAUCGGCACUUUCGACAGCUACGUAUCACAAUCAAAUGCCAACUGUUGAAUACCUUCUAGCCAAUAAAGCAGAUCCAAAGUUAUGUCUUUCAGCCGGUCAUACAGCCAUCCAUAUCGCUUGUCGAUUUGCAAGUAUCCCUAUGUUACAUCUAUUACUAUCCAUAAGAAAAGUUGAGAGCAACGAUGAAGACCAACAGCGUCGAGAAGACAAGUUUUUAUAUGAAUGCUUACGAAUCAAAGAUCAUGCUAAUCUAACACCAAUACACUGGGCAGCAACGCAAGAAUCUGUUACAAAACGACAAAAGAUUUUUGCUUAUCUUGAUAAGCGAAUGCCUGGUGUACUUGAUAGUCGAUACAACAUAACUUGGUUUGAUUCAUGGGCUAGAACCCAUCCAUGGGUUAAUGAGCUGCAGUCAACAAAAGUUGAUCACCCUAUUUCAUCGACUCGAUUAUUGGCGACUUUAAGAAAUACUGAGAAAAUUAGCCGACAACGUCAUGAUGACAGAAUAUCUUUACCUUUAUCAAAUGUAACACCAAUGAGCAUGACUCCACGAACAUCAUUGAUCGAUCAUGAGAGAUUAUCAAAACAGCCAACGACUGCAACAACCAAUGGAUAUUAUGUUGAGAUCGACGAUAGAGGUAGACAAAUCUCACCAAAAUCAAAUUCAUCUCCGCAAGCAUCUCCACUACCAAUAACACCUAUCACCAGCUGUAUAGUUACAUCCAAACAUUCAAUUCUAAAAUAUCACGAUGAACUAGAUAAACCAUCAGUACAACACAAUACAAUCGCACAAAAGACUCCUGCUAUUGAGAAUCAUUCACUUUCCAAUACUGAGAAAACACCUUAUUCCCAACGGCUGGCUUCUAUCAUCAAGGAAUCGCUUUCUCCUCAUUCUGAUCGUUCAACCUACCGUGCAGAACGAGCUCAUGUCAUUCCAACAUUUCGAUUCCCUUCUCAUUCGUCUUCAACAAAAAAAGACCAUGAAUUUGAAGACAUAAUGACACCUAUUUCUAGCAAGCGACCUUCUCAUAAUCUACUAUCUAAUAUUGCUCCAUCAUCAACUACUCCAUCAUCCGAUCAAAGUAGCGGACGGUCUUCAAAACCAUUUGCUUCAUUUGGUUUCGACACAUCAAUGGAUCAUCGUGUUAUAAAUGAUACAGCAACGUUAUCUACAAUUGAAAUUUACACACCUCAGGACGAAGAAACAUUCUACGAGGAUUAUUUGUGUAAAUCGGCUUCUACACUCGGUAUUUCCACGCGAAGUACUUGUUCUUAA